UCAACACAUGGCCAAGCCAUUGCUAUAUUUGAAGCAGCAGCAUUUUUUCAGAGUCUUUUCAACGUUUUAAAAGACGCAGCUCCGCAGGGUUAGUUAACAGUUUAGUUAUAAUAUUUGAAGACUGAGUUGAAAGUUUCACACGUUGAAAGGUUGUUGGGUGAUAAGUGCAACUCACUACCAACCAGCCAAACCAAAAUCAAAACCAAACCACACCGUCUUUCGCACCAAUUGUUUUCAUUCUGCAAUGCGAAACGCAAACACUGCUUCUUCAUCCACACGCUCUUCAACCUUCGCAUUCUCAUUCCCUCCUUCACCGUCGCCAUGCUGCGCUCUCUCUGGCGAUCCAUCGAUCGCUUCUCCCUUCAACACUUCGAAUAUGUAAUAAGUGAGCUGCGGAAGAUCAAAGUUGUGAACGUGCAUAACAGGGAGUCUGUGAUGGAUUUGUUGCAGUCUGUUGUGGAGAUUGUGACCUAUGGCGAUAGACAAGAUCCGCACAUUUUUGAAUGUUUCAUGGAACGCCAAGUGCUGGCGGACUUUGUUCGCAUACUUAAGAUCAGUCAAGAUUCGAAAAUUGAGGCACCACUGCUUCAGUACCUGAGCAUAAUGAUUCAAAACAUGGAUAGUGAACAAGCAAUUUACUAUUGCUUCAGCAAUGGUUAUAUAAACAGCAUUAUUUCACAUCCCUACAAAUAUGACGGGGGAGACCUAGCUCCAUACUAUGUUUCUUUCCUGAGGGCAGUUAGUGGUAAAAUAAACAGAGACACACUUUGCCUUCUUGUGAAUGUUCAGGGGGAUGCUGUAGUUUCCUUUCCCUUAUACACGGAAGCUCUAAGAUUUGCUCAGCAUGAAGAAAAGAUGAUUCAGACAGCUAUACGUUCAUUAGUUCUAAGCAUCUACAAUGUUAGUGAUGACUUGGUCUAUCAAUUUAUAUCAACUCCUCCAGUUUCAGAAUAUUUCACUGACCUGGUUCGUAAAUUAAGAGAUCUAUGUUUUCGCUUAGAUGCUUUUGUCUAUGAUAAAGGGAAAAUGGACAUGCAAAAAAGAAGAAACGGUAUUAUUCUUGAAGCUGACAAAAUUGUGGAUGAACUGUACUACUUUAAAGACAUUCUUAGUGUUGGUGAACCUCGUUUGACUAGACUGGUUAUGGAAAAUCUUCUGAAUGGGCUUGUGUUUCCUGUACUAUGUUCAUUAUUGGCUUCAAAGAAUAAAAAUGGAUCUGAAUUGUCUGCUAUCACUUCGCUAUAUAUCAUAUCCCGCCUUAUUCAGGUUGUUGGUGGAAGAAGCAUGAUUAACAAUGUGGCUGGCGUUAUCUUGUAUCAUUUUCUGAACAUAAAUGUGAGAAUUCUGAGUGAAGGGAAUUCUUCUGAUGUCCAUGAUGAUGUUAAGUUUUUGUCAAAGUGCUUGAAUGAAGUGGAAAGAGUUAUAUGUUAUUCUCCUGAGUCAAAUGAAUCUGAGAGCAUCAAUGGGACCUAUUUAGGUUCUCAUUGGGAAGGUUUCAUGUCUAGUUUCAAUAUUAAUAGCUCAAAUGGUGAAAUUUGUUUCCAAAGGAAUGGAAUAUUUGCUUUUGUUUUCUGUGAGGAUCAGAGUCUAUUGUUAGCUUCAAUAUUUCUCUUGCUUAUUCUGACUGAAAGUAAAGAUCUUGAUUGUCUAUUAUCUCCAAUGAUUGGGCUAUAUGAGAUGGGGGAUGUGAUGUUGCAGACUAAUGACGCAUCAACAUCCAAGUCUGUGGAUGGAUGUAUCUUCAUUAGAUUUAUGCCUGAGUUUUAG